AUGGAAGAGAACAUACUUUGGGAAGGAAGCCACGAGGAGAUUUACGGCGUAGACUUCACCGUUUUGGACGUUGCGAGGGCAGCCGAGCUUUGUAGUUUUCUAGAUUCAAAGAAGUUAAGAAGAGGACUAAUCACAAGAAAUAUGAGGUCAGCGGUUGAUUUGUUUCACCAACGCUUUGGGAUUAUAUUUUCUCCAGCAUUGAGCAGAGAAUUUCGUCCCUAUAAACCUGACCCAGCUCCACUUCUGCAUAUAUGUUCUAGUUGGGAAGUCCAACCUAGUGAAGUAAUGAUGGUCGGCGACAGCCUGAAAGAUGAUGUGAUUUGUGGAAAACGUGCUGGCUCGUUCACCUGUCUGCUAGAUCAGACUGGCAGAUACGACGCUUCUGAGUUUGAUAGUGCAGAUCUCAAACCGGAUUUCAAGGUGUCGAGCCUUACUGAAGUUUUCCCGCUGCUGGAGGCAAAUUUCGAUCUUGCACCCUGAUUUUAUUCUCGAAAACCCCUUCCGAAUAAAAAUGAAAGGGGUUAUUCUUCUACAUGAUUUGACUAUUACAAGUUCGCCUCAUACUCUCCAGUAGAAUUGUGGUGUCUACGAUGAAGAGGAGAGAGCAUUGGAGAUGCGUUUGAGGAACAUACAUCCUGGGGAUUCAAGGAUGUAAAAUGGGGAAAGAAUGAUAUGAAGUUGUUCUUGCGUGGGCUAGUUCUGUAUAUCUCAUUCGCAGGGCUUAUGAAUCAUGAUUAAUAACAUGGGAAUUGAACAAGCAA